AGCAUCUGCUCCCGUUUCCCGCUGUUGUGUGCCAUCGUCACGCCAACAUGCCUCGACAGUCAUCUCGCCGACACGGCCAUGAGGUGUUUCGAGCUGUCCCCAUGAAAGGGAAGCUCGCCGCAUAAAUGGCACCUGGCUCGCAUCGGCCUGACUCGCGUCGGCCCGAGAGUAAGGCUUACUCUCGGCCAUGUCUCUCGUUGGCAACUUUUCUGACGAGCCAAUUCUUUUUAUUCCAUCAUUAGAGUAAAACGUGCCGGUCGAAGGAGUCUUCAGCGUUUUCAGGUCUUGCUAAGAAUGUGACUUCCAGGUUUAACGCUCCACCAACUCAACGCUACGAGUGCAAACCGUCUCGAAUCGCCGCUGGUUGAGAAGAACAGUAGGCGUGCCGCGUCACCAGGCUCCCUAGUCCGCACCCGUCUUCAGUCCCGCCGACCACUCCAAUCACUGCGAGGAACGUCCGCCUCUGCUUGACUGCCUCAGUUCGUCUAGACUGCCUGCCAGCCUGCCAUCCUUCCUUCAAGAGCUGGAGUCAUGGGAAACCGUCGUGGCUGCUCCUUCCCUCUGCCGCCGUCACUGUCGCUCCUGCGGCUCCUGGCUGCAGCGUGGCUGGUGCUUCUCCUGCUCCUGCCGUCCCCUGCUGUCGCCACUCGCAUCGACGACGCCCAAGCGGCGGUGCUGGUGGAGUGCGCAGCAGCAUGGGGCCGCACGUUCAGGGGGUGGCGGGUGGGGGGUGAGUGCAACACGGCGCAGUUCAUCUCCUGCGACGGCGCGGGGCUCGUCACCGCCAUGUGGUUGGACGGCAGAGGUCUAGUCGGCUCCAUCCCAACAGCCCUUGGCACUCUCACCUCUCUCACCGCUCUCAACCUGUGCUGCAACUCCCUCUACGGCCCCAUCCCUGCCUCCUUCAGCGGCCUUGCUUCCCUCGCCUAUCUUGACCUGCAGUACAACGCACUCAGCGAAUCGAUUCCGGAUGCCAUUUCGCUCAUGACCGCUCUAACAAGCCUCUACCUGUCCAGCAACCAGCUUAGUGGAGCCAUUCCGCCGGCCAUCGGCGCCCUCACGUCCCUCCAACAACUCUAUCUGCCCCAGAACAAGCUCUCAGAAAGCAUUCCCACGGAGUUGGGCCACCUGCUGGAGCUUCAAUCCCUGUUCCUCGACUACAACUGGGUGGCGGGCACCAUUCCUGACGCCCUGAGUGCCCUCACCAACCUGAUUCACCUGUCCAUGGCCCACAAUCACUUGGUGGGCGCCGUCCCCAACUUCCUCACCUCCUUCAUUGCACUCACUCAAAUGUACCUCAACUCCAACCUGCUCUCCGGCUCCAUCCCUGCUUUUAUCGGCAACUGUGUUGCUCUAGAAGUGCUUUCACUUUCAGACAACUGGCUGACCAGAGUGAUGCCUAUGUCUAUUGGUGCCUUGACCAACCUUCGAAGGAUCAAUCUGUAUAACAACCAGCUUCAUGGGUCCAUACCGAGCACCAUUGGGCAGCUGGAGCAGCUCUCAUGGCUCUCCCUCUCCUACAACGCUCUCACUGCCGACCUUGACGACCUCAUCCCACUGGGCAAUCUUGUCGGACUGCUGCUAUCCUGCAAUGCCAUAUCCGGUUCGAUCCCCACAACCAUUGGGGAGCUCUUCAGCCUCCAGACCCUGGAUGUUUCCAACAACAUGCUCACCGGCAUUAUCCCCUCCACCAUCUCCGGCCUCAUCCACCUUACCUCUCUCAUGCUCUACCAAAACAAAUUGGAGUCACCCGUUCCCCAAGGCUUGAGUGCACUGACUGCCUUGAAGCUCAUAGAUCUGCACAAUAAUAAGUCUUCUGAGGCCCUUCCACCUGCCUUCACAAAGAUGAAGCGUGCUGAGUACAUGAAGCUGAGCCGCAACAACUUCACUGGCAGCAUCCCUGCAUCCAUAAGCUCUCUUCAGUCGCUCACAUACCUUGACCUCAGUUCCACAUUCCUGGCAGGCACUAUUCCCACCGCCAUCUCCAAAAUGCAACGCUUAUCCCGCCUUUACCUUCAUAUUUCAACUCUCUCUGGCACUAUCCCUCCUACCAUGGGCUCCAUGCUCAAUCUGCAGUACCUCUAUGUGCACCCCACUGCGACGCCGUGCGGUGCUGGGCGGUGCGAGGUGGUGCAGUACUCAGGCACAGCCUUCUGCCGCGCCUGCACGAACUUCUGCGACACGUGCACCAAGGUAGCACGCGCCCCUCCAGAGUGCAAGAAAAAGCGCCGCCUGUGCUCGCGCAACUCCUGCCCUGGGCGCAUCUGCAUUCCGUUCGUUCGCAGCUGCCAGGGCUACAAGUGCAUCUGACUCGCUGGCAAGUGGCCAGGUAGAUUGACAAGGGCUACUGGUGCACAGGCAUGAUAACUGUACGUGAUUCCAUAAUAAGGUGUUACAUAACUAGGACGAGGGAGUGUUCCCAUGCUGGGCAGAGGCGGUUGCGGGAGCCAGGUCAUUGCAGCGGAAGUUGAGGAGGUGGUGAGGGCGAAAUUGUCAACUUAUACAUUUGUAGUACAUGUAUAGUUUUAGGCUAGAAGGGUAUGUGCUCUUAGAGAGUACAACACCAAACCCUAUAACACCCUGUAUGCCCUUGCUUGAGUCCAAUUUUGCUAC